AUGAAAUUCAACAAGAGGAAGAAAUCCUGCAAGAUAAAGAAGAAGAACUAUGGAGGCAGGAAAGAGAAGGAGGGUUAUAACUCCGAGAUAGAGUCCGACGACAUACUGUCCUCGGAGGCAUCGGACACUGGGAACCAUAGAACGAAACUGGGGAAGAACAAAAAGCGCCACGUCGCAUCGGUUGAUGGGCGCACCACAGAUGACGACGCAACAGGUGGCGAUGCAAGUGACUUUGAUGAGGAUGGUACCAGUGGGGACGAAAAUGGAAACGCUUUCAAUAACCCGGAGGAGAGGAAAAUACACCUGGCCAAAAAAUACCUCAGAGAUAUGGGUAUACAAAGUAGCGAUGAUGACAAGUCCCAAAGUGAUUCCCCUGAGAACAGUGAUGAGGAAGACAAGUCGGAUUCGAAUUUUAGCGACAACCUUUGUUCCUAUGGAAAUGAUGAACAGAGGGAACAAAUCAGUAAACUCAUGAUGCAAAAGGAGAGACAAAAGAGCAGGAGAGCGCUCCUAAAUUUGGGAAAUAAAAUCAAAAUUGUUCAUGACCAGAAAUUGGCUUCUUCCAAGGGGAUUGCCAAGAAUGGGUCAACUUGCAUGAACCGUUCAGGUGAAAAUGGCCAAAGCGAUCAAACUAACCUACAUGACGAACAUGCUUUUUUUUUCCGCGGACACAAAAAAAGCGUCACGUGCGUUGCUUGCCCAGAUUUUAACCUUUCCUUCUUUGACUACUACGAGUACGAUGUGGGAAUUGGCGCGUGCGGUGAGCGUGACACCUACGCAGGGUACAACAGCGGGAAGUUUUACAAAGAGGACAAUUCCAGGAGCAGCCAGCAGGGGGGAAGCGACCCCUUUGGAGAUAACCCCCAACAUGCCAUGCAGCCGAAGAUGUUCCCCAAUGUUUCCCUCAGCACGGCCUACACGGGUGGAAAAGACGCCUGCAUCAUCGAGUGGGAUUUAGCUAGAGGAGAAAAGGUUCACAUUUAUAAAGGAAACCCUAGCGCCUUCCAACAUUUCGGAAAGAGCGACGGAAUAAGCCAUUUCAAGAGUGUAAUGGAUUUGUAUUGUGACAAAUUUAAUUCCUUCUUCAUAUCUGUUGGAGCGGACAAUUUAAUAAACACAUGGGACAACAGAGUGAAGAAAACAUGCACCCAUUCUGUAGUUGGACACAAAAAUGUCAUUAGCGCAAUUAUUGGAAGCAAUGAAAACACAGAUGAGUUAAAUAUGGAAUUUAAUUUCUUCACGUCCUCCUACGAUAAAUCGAUUAAAUUAUGGGACUUGCGAUUUUUGGACAAAUGUAUUAAUACUUAUAUGGGACAUACGAAUAACAUUUUAAGCAUGACUUCUUUAGCCCAGAAUAAAUUAAUAACCAGUUCGAGUGAUUAUACUCUCCGUUUUUGGAACACCAAAAAUGACAACCAUAUUUUGUUUAAUUUAAAUUACGAAAUUGUGGAGUCCUGCUGUUCCCUUAACAACAGGGUCUUCAUCGCCGGGACGUUUUCUGGCCAUAUUUACAUUUUUUCAUCCUCUUAUAAGAAGCCUAUUUGUAUUUGCAAAAAUGCACACAGUUCGUACGCAGUGACGGCGUUGGUUAGCAUCCCGUUUACGGACAUUUUCAUUUCCGGGUCCUACGAUGGGUACGUAAAUUUUUGGCAGUACAAGAGCGUUAGCAAAACGUCGGCUACCAUGCGGAAGAUCCUUGCCGUUCCGGUGAAUGGCGCGAUAAGCAAAUUUUCCUUUUCGCCCAACUACGCCUAUUUGUUUGCCGCCGUGGGGGACGAGAUGAAACAUGGCAAGUGGACGCGCACGAACAGCAAGUACGGGCUGGCCGUCAUUCCCCUGUGCUUUUUGCGCUGA